AUGCCUACCUCUACUUUUGUGGAAUCCGCGUUCUGGUGUUUCGAUGUUCUAUUUGUUCCGCAGCAACAUCCUGCACGAGAAUUACAGGACACUUUCUACACCUCAGAUCCUCCUGUUUCGCUCACCAGAAAGUUGUAUUACGAACGGGUCGCAACUGUACAUGAAAAGGGAGGAUACGGAUCUACAGGUCAUCAAGCUCCUUGGUCGGAAAAAGAGUCCAAAAAACUUCUCCUUCGAACGCAUGCGACCGCUUCGUCAGCUCAUAUGCUGUACAAACUUGCAGCUCGCUGCAGAGGUGAGGAACCGGACGAUGAUACAAACGAAUUCACGCAUGGUGCAAAGCCUACCACGGCUUAUGGAAAGUCCCAUGCCAAAGAGAUCGAGAACACGUGA